ACUCUUCAAUGGAUAUAUUUAAUUGAUUUACAUCUUUGUUACAACAAUCAUGAGUAAAGCCUUGACUUUCACAGCGAUUGCCGCCACCGCCCUUGUUGGGUACGCCGUAUACUUUGACUACAGCCGUAGAAACUCUGCUGAAUUCAGAAAGUCCUUGAAGAAGAAGGCCGUUAAGCACGAAAAGAAUGCCGCUAAGAAGGAUGAACAAAGUAAGAAAUCUAAAUUAGAACUUGUUAAAUUGGCUCUUGCUGCCGAUUUGGAAGCCAACCCAAUCCCAACCGACUUGAGCGAAAAGGAAAACUUUUUCAUGCAACAAGUUGCUCUUGGUGAACAAUUAGGUUCUUUGCCAAACAAGAAGAUUGAUGCCGCCAUUUGUUUCUACAAGGCCUUGGCUGUCUAUCCUAACCCAACUGAUAUUCUUGGUAUCUACCAAAGAUCUGUUCCUGAAGAUGUGUACGAGUUGGUUGUUAUGAUGAUUGCCGUGCAACCACCUGCAGCUGUCACCAACAUUUUGGGUGGCGGUGUUUCUGGUGCUUCUUCUGCCGCUGCUGCUGCCGCUGCUGCCAAUGUUCCAGUUGAAGAACAAAAGCCUUCUGAAGAAGACUUGGAUUAAAUGACAAAUAGACACACGUUAAGACGUUGAAGAAAAGACGUGUGAUGAGUUAACCUAGGGGGCUAAGAGGGGGUUCUAUUUUUUGGAGCAACUAUAGACGAAAAGAAAACAAAACAAAUGUUGCUGACUUGAUGUUACUACUCUG